UAUAAAAGCUGGGAAACCUGCAAACUGCUGUAGAGAACAUUGCUGUAUUGUAUUUGCAUGCCAGAUUGGUGUUGAUUACAGAACAGAUUUUAUCAUUCAGAAGAGCUUUUCACCAUGGUCUGUUUUCUCCUACUAAUCUUGGCUCUGGUUAGCAGACUUUCAGCAAAAGUUACGCCAGACUUCAACGAUUGCCUUGACUUUUUCUAUAACAAAACUCCCCCACAAGGGUUUGAAGUUCUCUCCAAACAGAACAAUGAUCUUGUACCUAUUUGCCAGAUGGGCAAGGACUACAAAGUGUCAUUUGCUUCAUUUUAUCACAAGCAUUACAGAUAUAGCUUAUAUUCAGCUUAUAUCUUGGAUAACAAAAUAAAAUUUACCAACACAGAUCAGAGGUAUAGCCUGGAUUCAGAGAUGGGGAACAGCGAUGGCUUAUAUUCUGACUCUGUAUGUUCAGAGGACGAUAUCAUGAAUACGAGGUUUACACUGGAGCCACAGCUGGUGGACAAGCGUCUUCCUAACUGCACGAUGCUUCAAACUGAACUUACAACUGCCAUUAAGAAACUGAUUCCUGGAAAUGCUACAGAGCAUAUUAUGAAUGUUCAAUCUGUGAACGCUGACUACAGUGGAAGCAAAUUUGACAGAGGACACUUAAACCCUCGUUUUCACCACAAAUAUCCAAAUGCCACCGACACUUUGACCAAUGUUGCUCCAAUGAAUCCGUCCCUGAACAGAGGACCUUGGAGAAUGAUUGAGAUGGGAAUGCAGAAAAAUGCAAGCGAAUGUAAUAUCAUGUUUGUUAUCACAGGAGUGGUGCCUGGUAAUUAUUGGAUUCCUGAUAAUAAAAGGAAAAGAGUCAACAUUCCCAGCAACAUAUGGAGUGCGUUCUGUUGCCGGGACAACAAUGAUAAUAAAAAAAGUGCAAUGGGUUUUUUGACAGAAAACAAUAUAGACAACAUCAAAAGAGGGCUCAGUAUUUCCGACCUGCAAAGAAACCUUAAAUCCCUUCUUAACGUAACAAAUAAUAUCACCUUAUUCUAUAACAACUGUGACUAGAAAGUAUGAGAGGCUGAAAAAAAACCUCGUUAGAAUGAGUAAUCUCCCUCAAAAAUAAAGUAGAUGCAUUUAAGAAAAAAAUGAUUAUAUGUGUAUGCUUAAUCCCAUGUAGGUUAGUACACUGGAUUCCUCUGCAAUGAUAGCAGAUUGCAAACCAUGAAACCCUGUUGUCUUUUUUAACAAUGGAAGAAUGAGGAGGCACGAUAAGUCAUUCUUAUUUUUCUAUCCCUAGGGACAGUUGCACAGUAUGUGCUGAUUUCUCAAUCAAAAAGUAAGUGCUCAGAGGCAGAGAUACUUUCUUAUUAUUUAUGGUGCAAAUGGGGUAAUCUUCUAAAGUCCACACUAUGGGCCUCAUCUUAGUGAUGUAGGAUCUCUUAUUUAAAACAGGAAAGUCUGGCCUUUUAAAUGAGUGGUUGCACAUCCCAUUAAGAUGCAGGAAAUCACUAUAAAAUGACAAUUACCUGCAGCAGGAGACAAAAAGAAGAAUUGGCUGAAGAGUAGGCUGGCACUAAAAGAGCCCCUAUCUCUCCAAUAUGAACCUCUUAUUUGAAAGCUGUUAUCCCUAAUGGAUGCAGCCAAUCACCAUGAGAAAUGAUGACCACAUGCCCCACUGGAUACCAAAGAGAUAAAAAUGGCUUACCUAAUUUAUUUACUGUAUGAUAGGUUGUGAUUUCAAAUGUGCAUCUAAACCAAAAUACAGCAUACAACACACACAGAUGCACAAUACCCCUUAUAUCAAUGCAGGGAUUACCCUCUUUUAAACUAGGGAUCUCAUGGCCCUGUAUGUAGUGAGUGAUUGACAUAGACUUUACAAUAACCUAUUUGGGAACGUUUAGGGUGAUCUGGGCUCUAAAUGGGAGCCUAGCACCUCUAUGUAUGCAGUAGAAUGGGGCAAGACGACCUCUCUUUUGAAUGAGGUGGUCACAUGCUCAUGUGGCUAUCAGGUGAUCACUGGGGAAACAGUGAACACCGGAUAGAGCCAUAAGCAUAUAGGAAAAUGAGGGGUAUUCUACUCUGUUGCCCCCAAAAAUACAUAGUGUGACAUGAAACACUUGCUAUUUUGAUUGUUUAAAUUAGUAGUUUUGUGUCCAUCCAGCUGCAGGACCUCUGUCAUAACAAUGACAAAUACCUCACACCAUUUGUCCUAUAUUUUGAGAGUUCUGAAGAAGGUAACUAUCACCCCAACUUGAUAGAAAUGUAUCACAAGACCGCCUUUGAAUUAUAAAUAACUUAUAUUGUAAAAUUCUAUAUAAGAUGAUUGUAUUGUGAAAAUAAAUUUGUAUCCCCAUGCUAAACAAGAA